UGGUGGAUUCUCAGCGGAAAUCUAAGUCAGGGUUUUGUCUAUGGGGAAUGUGGCGCAACAGAUCCAGGCAGCGCUAUGUACAUAUAAACUUCUGGCGAUCAUUUCUUUCCAAGAUCAUCUAAUUUUUUGCGGAAUCUUGACUUUCUUGACUUCAGAUCCACAGGAAUAAUUGCCCACAUAGGAGAAAAUGCCUCGCAGACGACCGGUAAGAAGCAAUAGACAAAUGGCCGGGAGUGGCUCCGAUGGAACUGAAGACUCUGACUCCUCUGCUGAAAGAGAGCCAACUAAUAGCUCAGAAAGUGAUGGAAACAUGCCCAAGAGACAGCGCCUCACCAGAGCCUCUACUCGCCUUAGCCAAAGCUCUCAGGACACUCCAGACUUGAAGCGUGCUGCAGACCAAGAUGAGUCUCCUCCACUGACACCCACAGGAAAUGCACCCUCCUCUGAGUCCGAGCUGGACAUCUCCAGCCCCAACGCCUCUCACGAUGAGAGUCAGACCAAGGACCAAGCCAGCAGGGACUCAGAAAAGGACAUGUCCCAUCGACCCAAGCGCCGCCGCUGUCAUGAAACCUACAACUUCAACAUGAAAUGCCCUACACCAGGGUGUAAUUCACUUGGUCACCUUACAGGGAAACAUGAGCGUCAUUUUGCUGUGUCAGGUUGCCCUCUUUAUCACAAUCUUUCUGCAGAUGAAUGCAAAGUGAAAGCCAUCAGCCGUGAGAAGCAGGAAGAGGAGGUGAAGGCACAAGAAGAAAGCAACUCACGCCAUGCGACGCGUCACCAGACACCCUCAUCAAAACAGACCAGAUACAAAGAGCAGGUAGCUGAGAUGAGGAAAGGGCGAAACUCUGGCCUGCAGAAGGAGCAGAAAGAGAAGCACAUGUGUAGGGAUGAUGUCUCACUGUCUGAACCACAGGAGCAUCGGCAGACGCACAGCAACACUCGAGAGCCACUGCUGGAGAACAUCACCAGUGAAUACGACCUGGAGCUUUUUAGAAAAGCUCAGGCUCGUGCAUCGGAAGACUUGGAGAAGCUGCGUAUCCAGGGUCAGAUCACUGAGGGCAGCAACAUGAUCAAGACCAUCCUGUUCGGCCGCUAUGAGUUGGACACCUGGUACCACUCACCGUACCCUGAGGAGUAUGCUCGCCUGGGUCGCCUCUACGUGUGCGAGUUCUGCCUCAAGUACAUGAAGAGCCAAACCAUCCUCAGGCGUCACAUGGCUAAGUGUGUGUGGAAGCAUCCUCCAGGAGACGAAGUGUACAGAAAGGGGGCCAUCUCAGUGUUCGAAGUUGAUGGCAAAAAAAAUAAGAUCUACUGCCAGAACCUGUGUUUACUUGCCAAGCUUUUCUUGGACCACAAAACUCUGUACUACGAUGUGGAGCCUUUUCUCUUCUACGUCAUGACUGAGGCUGACAACACUGGCUGCCACUUAGUGGGAUACUUUUCCAAGGAAAAGAACUCUUUCCUAAACUACAAUGUUUCCUGUAUCCUGACGAUGCCACAGUACAUGAGGCAAGGGUUCGGCAAGAUGCUUAUUGACUUCAGCUAUCUGCUGUCCAAAGUUGAGGAGAAGGUAGGGUCACCAGAGAGGCCUCUGUCUGACCUGGGCCUUAUCAGCUAUCGCAGCUACUGGAAGGAAGUCUUACUUCGAUAUAUGUACAAUUUUCAAGGCAAAGAAAUCUCCAUCAAAGAGAUCAGUCAGGAAACGGCUGUCAAUCCAGUGGACAUUGUGAGCACGCUGCAAUCGCUCCAGAUGCUGAAGUAUUGGAAGGGAAAGCACUUGGUGUUGAAGCGACAGGACCUAAUUGAUGAGUGGAAGGCAAAAGAAAUCAAGCGAGGCAAUAGCAACAAAACCAUCGACCCAAGCUCACUAAAGUGGACUCCUCCCAAAGGGACAUAAGCACUAAGAACCUCAGGCUACUGAAUAACUCAUCUCAGCCUCACCAGCCACAAGUAGCCUAGACCUACGAACUGUCAAGAGAGCAGUGUUCUUCUUUGUUUUUAUGCCAAUUUUUUGCUUAUUGGUGUUUUUUUUUUUACUUUUAUAUUCUGUCAUCUAUAUUUCAAGCACCACACCUUCCAGGUCGAAUGAUUCUUGAUGCAAAUGGUCAACAAAAAUGGUAGAGCGUUUUUGUCUUGCUUCCUUUCAGACUGCCCGUGUCUCCUAAGCUUUGAAUGGUAAAUGAUAAAUGGUCCAAAUGUGGUGGAUAACAUGAAUGUUUAGCUUUGCUCAUGCAAAAAAUACAUAGCUAGAUUUAGCGGCAUUUACAGGCUGUUGGCUUUAUUUCUUUCCAGAAAUGUGCAUUUUAAAGUUGGUAGUUGUUUUGUUUAGGAUUAAUAAUUGUUAGCAUGAAACAAAGCUGUAAGCAGAUCGUAUUUUGAAGAGUAUGAUGUAUGGUAACGUCUUUGGUUGGUGUAAUAUUGUAUAGCUCAUGAUAACAUGGACAUUUUCUUUUCUUCCGUUAGCUCCAUCAAUACAAGAUUUGGACCAAAUCCUCAGAUGAACCUGCCAAAUAAUAAAAAAGAUUUAUAUUGGUAUUUUUAAUUUGCUAUGAAUAUGAAAAAAUGACAAUACCACUGUAAGAAUGCACAUUGAAAUAAACAACCUCAGGUUUUUAUACGGAUACAAUCGUACCUUGCUUGUGUGGUUUCUCCAAAAUAGUUGCAGAUGGUUUUAUUCUGGUUAAUGAGUCUGCAAUAAAAAAACGUUUUAUUGG